AUGAUUAAUUUUCUCUGGAAGAAUUUGCGCUGUUUUCCCCGCAUUUAUGGUGAAUCGCAGAACCGGUUUUGUACACCUUUUGAUCUUCUCUGUGCCAUAAGUCUUCAGCAGCCAACUCAUUUGGUUGUUGAAUGUGAAAGUGAUAUUCAUGGAAGUUCGGUAGGUACGGAAAGGCAUUUCAGUGUUUUAAUCGUUUCUGACGCUUUUGAAGGCCUAAAAAAUGUUGAGAUACAUCGUCGAAUAUAUGAAUGCCUUCAGAGCGAAUUGAAUAGCGGUGUACAUGCGUUGAGAUUGGAUGCUUAUCCAAAGUCGAAAUAUGACAAAGUGUUUUCUUCACCUCCCCCGCCUUGUUCUAAUGAUUAA